UGGGCACAGAGAUCAGUUGGGUAGAUAUCGUUGGCGCGAUAGCACACGAUCGGAAGUUGUUUUUAGCCACCUCUCUUGAUCACUUCCACGCCUCAUUAUUCGCAAUUUGCAACCACGUUUCUUCAUCAAUUUUUUUUCCACACGCAUCUUUAAAUUAAUUAAUCGCGCCAAAUACUCCUUGAUCCUUUUUUUUUCUUAGAAUUGAACAAGAAAACGAAUUCUCUGUAUGAGGUGAAUAAACUUGCAAAAUAGAUGAUUACAUCGUUAUUAUAAUUCAAAUUUAAUUUAAUUUUUUUGGGAAAAUUUCGCAUGAUUUUCCCGCCUAAAAUAAAGUUUAAAAAUUUCUUGUUUUCCCCCCAUGUGAAAAAUCCCCAAAUGUGAUUGAAAAAAAGUGUUUUUUAGUUUAAAUUCAAAAGAAACUCUUCUUCAGCGAAAAAUUCUAACGCUUCCGUAUUUUGAAGCGAACCAUCAUGCCGCAAAUUAAGUGAGAGAUUUUAUUUAGAAAAGACAGAAAUGUGUACAAACAUGGAAAAUCUCUUGUUUACAUUUUCCAUCACACACACUUCCGUGGUGAUGUGAAAAUAGCCCCAAGAUUUGUGUUUUGUGUGGAGCGCACGCGAAAGAAAGCAACGUGACUUUUGAGUCCAAUCAAAAAUCUGUGGUGCAUAAACUCCCUCAAUGAUUGGACGGACGCAUUAAACGCCGCACAUAUGAUAAUGAGAAUCUGGUGGGAAAGUGUUGAAAGAAAGCGUUAAUUUGUGAAUGUUUAACUUAAAAGAGUGGAGGGUAAAGAAAAAAAAUAAGGUGACCUAAGUAAAGGCAGCCAAUUGACAAAGAAGACAAGAAGAGAAGAUAUUCAUGGUGCAAGAAUUCAUGUCUCUGUAAAUACAACUUUGCGCGCGCACACAAAAAAAAAGUAAAAUAAGGAAACACGCAUUGCCAUCAUCUUUGCGUGCAAAGGACAAUGUUUAAAAGGGAAGCAACAGAGUGCGGAGGUUUUUGCGAAAUGAAAAAGUUGAUAUUUUAGAUGAAAUUAUUGAUGAGAAAUGAGACUCUGCAACAUUGUUGCAUUUCACGCAAAAGAACCCCUCUAUGUAUGAUUUAUCGCAAUCACUCCGUCAUCCGUUGAUCAAUCAUCUCGCGCGCACGUUGCUUCAUACUUUGCAAAGGAAUUGAGUGAAGAUUUAAUAAAUAACAUAACACACAAAAAAAAGCUCAAGAAGAAGCCAUCCUCGAAUCAAGCAAAAGAGGUGUUGUGAGUUAGUGAGAGAAAAUGAGGAGCAAAAUGGGACUCCUGGUUGCAGUUGCAAUUUUCUGCACAUUCCUCGGCACGGAGGCACACAGGCGGUCUACCUUUGGCAAUUACUCAUCCACAGAGAGCCUCAUGCAGAUGCGUUGCCAUGUAAAAUGCCUCGACAAGCCACCGAAUAUUUGUAAUAUGAAUACGUGCAUGGAGCAAUUGAGGACAAUGCCAAAAUUCGGAAUGUGUCCUCCCAUUCCAAUGGAGGAUGAGCACCUUACACCGUGCCGGGAUGCUUGCCAUGGGGCUGAUUGGCGAUGUCCAGAUGCCCAAAAAUGCUGCCGGCAGUCCUGUGGUGGGAAUGUCUGCACACGCCCCAUGGGUGUCGAUAGGAAUGCCUUCCUGCCACCGAUGCCCUACAAUCUGCAACUCAAGGAGAAACGUCCUGGUGUACGAACAGUGGAAAUUUCCUGGGAAAUUCGCGUUGUCAUCAAUCGAACUUCCCUGUUUGACUUCCUCAUUGAGGGACGCUCCCACGUUGGACCCUACUUCAGUGAUCACAAGCUCGGCCCGUGGAAUGGCUUUCCCGUGCAGCCAAUUUAUGACAUUAAAUAUCGUGAUGUUAAAGUUGAGAGAAAAAGACACGUUGGGAAUAUAAAGCUCCGCCCUGGACGUUGGUAUCAAUUCCGUGUGGCUGCAGUUAAUGAGAACGGCACCCGAGGCUACUCAUCGUAUUCAAUCCCAUUCCAAUUGACAGAGAACGUGAGACUCGUUCCACCUCCGCAGAAUCUCACUUUCGGAACAUUUCGCAUUGAGAAAAAUUCCACAAUUUCAACCAUUGUAGCCUGGAAGGCACCCGAAGGGGAGAAAAUCCCCAUUACAAAGUACAAAAUCUCCUGGUUUUUGCGCGGAAAGAGGAGAAUGUUACCAAAUAACCAAAGCACCGUCCCUCAGUCAGUAAAAUUCGUGGAGAUUGGGAACCUCCAGCCUAAUGCCAUAUACUGUGUUCAUGUCCAGGCGAUUGCUGGUGUUGGAAAGAAUCGCUCAAAAUCCCGACGAGAGACAAAAUUGCUCAAUACAACAAUCCCCGGGAGUUUCAUACUCAAUACCCUGGAUAGCCCACCUUCCCUCGUGACGACAUCCCUUUGGAGAGUUCCCCAGGAUGGGAUGAUGGGGAAGCUAGAACAUGGAUUACGACACACUGGUCAUGGUAUUACAAUGAGAUACCUCGCCACGAAGCUUGGGGAGUUAAUCGUGAAGGCCAGCUGGCCUGGAAAACCUCACGAGAGCUACUCCAUAGACCUCUGCCGUGGGAAGCACUGCCUGGACAAUCCGGAUACGGGAGAAUACCGUAGUGUGAAGACUCACGUGAAUUUUUUGGAAUUUAUAAAUUUGAAAUUUUCAACACUCUACAGCAUCCGGUUGCGUGCUACAAAUCACGCCAGUGGGAGGCACUACAACACCUUGAGGACCUUCUCAACGCCCCUCUGUGAAAACUUUCGCCGGAAGCAUGGUUUGAGUAUCCCAUGUUGACCAUCAUUAAUUUAUUUCCUCAAAAUAAAUCACAUUUUUCCAUCA